AUGGCACAGAAGGUGCAGGUCGGCGAUGCCGAGGAAGAACUCAAGAACGCUUUCAAGGUGUUUGACCGUGAUGGCAGCGGCACAAUCUCCGCCGAGGAGCUGCGCCACGUCCUAACCUCGCUGGGUGAGAACAUGACCCCGGCUGAGAUUGAUGAGAUGAUUCAGAUGGCCGACAAGGACGGCGACGGGUCGAUUGACUAUGACGAGUUUGCCUCGAUUAUGAUGAGAGAGUAA